UCCACUUAGUGCUGCAGGCGCUUCAAAACACCUUUUAUCCUUCUUUCUUCUUGGAAGAAAAAAAAAGGAUAAUAGUUAAAUGUUUUGAAUAUUAGCGCUAAGCAAACCGUAUUUUUAAUUUGAAUAACUUGCUACAUUAAGGGCUGAUUGUUUCAACCCUUGGUAAGCUAACUAACAGUUAAACAGACAUGUGAUUUUAUAGCUGUUAGUUAGCUUAUCAGGAAAUUGGAACUGGCCUUAAAAGAACGUAUAACUGGUUUUGUAAUAAAUGCAAAUAAUAUAAAUAGCAGAGAUUUAUAGCGUGAAGUGAGGACUGGAAUUAUCGUUAUUUGAGGAAGUGGAAGAAGUGGAUACAUCGAGAAGAUAACAAGGAUAUAAGCCGUACUAUAAAGGCUAGUAAAAUAGUGUCAGACAGUCCGGGAAGGUUGAAGGCAUUAUAAAUAUUUGAAAAGAAAAUAAAUUGACCUCGAGAGGUUUUUUGAGCGAAGAACUGAAACGAAUGCAGGAUCACCGAACCUUGAAAAUUGAAGAAUUAUGAAGUGGAACAUCGUAAUACUGAUACUUAGCUUCCUGAUCAAACGUGAGAAUUGUCUCGAAAUAUAUCGACCGUGCGUUGCCAUUAUAGGAGGUGGCAUCGGCGGUGCGUCCGCCUCGCACUUUUUAACAGAGCUGUUAAAUGGCAAUUUAGACAUUGAUUUAUACGAAGCAAAAACCAUCGGCGGUCGAUUGGCGACUGUAAAAAUUGACAAUAAUGAGGUCGAGGCCGGCGGUGCAAUUAUACAUCCCAAGAACAUGUACAUGCAAAAAUUCGUCAAGCUUCUGGGUCUGGAGCACAAACUUCCCAAUGAUGAGAAGAACGGUAUAUGGAAUGGAGAUAAAUUUGUGUACAAGGACAGCAGCUACUACAUUGUAUCGCUGACAAAAUUAUUAUACAGAUAUGGUUUUCAGCUAUUCCACCUUAAAUGGUAUAUAAAUAAUAUAAUAGACGAUUUCGUGAAGAUAUAUGAACUACAAGAUGCUGGAAAGUCUUUUGCCAACGUCAGCGCACUGCUGUCGGCUAUGAACGAGGAAUUCCCGAAAUUAUUGCAGAUAUCCAUAAAAGACCAGCUGCUGCAAGCUGGUUUCACGACGAGGUUAAUUGAUGAAAUGGUGCAAGCAGCUAUUGUAGUAAAUUAUGGUCAGGAGACUGAUAUUCAAAGUUUUGUCGGUCUAGUAGCUCUGGCUGGAGUGGGUGCUGAUCUCUGGUCUGUUAAAGGAGGAAACAAAGGGGUGCCGGAACAUCUCAUCUAUAGAAAUAAAAAUGUGAAUGUAAUACCGAGUCGUGUUACGAAAAUCCGCAAUGUAGCAGACAAAAAUGCGAAGCAGUACGAAGUGACUUAUAUAAACAAAGAUAGCACCGAUCCAAUGACGUCUGAUUAUGACAUUGUAAUUAUUGCUGCGCCGCUUACAAGCGACCAUAAGUUUCCGAUAGAAUUCACAGAAUUCCCGGAUAAUUUAGCGUUUCCAGGAGCCUACCAAACGACAUACGCCACGUUCGUCAAAGCGGAUCUUAAUCCUCAAUAUUUUGGCCUGCAAGAACCUCUUGACGGUAUUUUAAGUUGCGAUCCCAACAAGACAAUAAUUAGUUCGGUGGGGGAAGUGAGUUCUGUGAACGGAUUGAGUAAAACAGAUUCGGGAGUUUGGAAGGUUUUUAGCAGGAAACCUCUGGAGACUAGUCUUGUACACAAGAUGUUUUCAAAUAUCAUCGAGAAGAAGGAGAUUGCUUGGAAAGCAUAUCCUCGCUACACCACUGACGUACCUCUCAACAACUUCAAGCUACACGAUGCAUUGUAUCAUGUCAAUGCGAUUGAAUGGAUUGCGAGUGCGAUGGAAAUUAGCGCAAUGGGAGGGAGAAACGUUGCCAUUUUAGCAUACAAUGAUUUUUUACAGAAAUAUAACUACUCAUUGAGUAUUGAUAUCCACACAGAUGCAACCAAGAAAUUGUUUACGGCUGACGAAUUAUAGCCAUGUUGUUUUUAUUAUUGUUAUUUCUAUCUUAUUUGUUCACUUAAAACUGUUUUUAAGUUUGAAAACGAAAUUGUUUAUUUGCAUAGAUAUGUCACUCAUAACAAGUUAAACGCUAAAAUAAAACAUCAGAGUAAA